UCUUCUUCCAGUUCUAGAGACACUAUGUCCUUAUGUAAAAACUUGUUGACUGAAUCUCAUUUUGGGUCUUCUGAAGAGUCGAGAAGAAAGAAGCAAAAACAUAGUAAAGAAAAAAAAACUGAUACAAGAAAAAGUUUGACCAGUGCUCAGAAGGCUGAAAUAUGCUAUCUAAAACUAAAAGGCAUUAGUCAAGUUAAACUAGCUAAACAGUUUGGAGUUGCCAAAGCAACAAUUUCAGCUAAAAAAUUUCCUUUGUUAGAAGAAGCACUUGCACUUUGGAUAUCAAGAGCAAAUAGAAUGAUCCAUAACUGUUGGAGGAAGACUGGCAUUUUGCUAGAGGAUUUUCUUAGUAAAUUAUUUCUGUAUGAGGAACUUAACCAAGCCAAUGAACCUGAUAUUACUGAUGAUAUUCAGGAAUUGAUUAUGCAAUUGCCCCUCGACCAACUCAUGGAUACACAAGAAUAUGUGAUUGCUGACAAUAACCUUAUCACCACUGAAAUGCCAACCGAUGAAGAAAUAAUUGAGGCUGUCAAGAAUUGUGAUUGUAUUGAACCUGAAGAAGAAAGUCAAUGCAAACUGAUAUCACUUGCAGAAGAUUUAGAAAAAUUGAAAAAAAAGUAA